AGAUCUCUCUGUAAGCUCUGCAAGCUCGUAUCGAACAUCGAGAGAAAGAGACAGACGGAAGAGAAGAAAGAUCGACGGCCAGCAGGAGUCGCUGCUGCCGAGAGAGAGACAAAGAGUUAAAAAUAGCGACGCUGCCUGGUUGGGCUAUGACGAUUAACGAGGAGGAGCCAUCGCCCUCCAUGUCGACUGGUGGUAGGCCUACCGCUGUUGCGUCUACCACCACCACCGCGACCACUACUAACUCGGCCGCGAACGACGACAACUGCGAUGGUCCUCUACUAGCCACUGGUUCGUCGUCGUCGUCUUGCCACCCUAAGAAGGACAAGAGGAUCGCCUAUCCAGCCAGGAAUAUCCUGCAAAGCUCGGCGAUGCUGCUGCAUCAGGACAAUUGGCGCAAAGCCGCCACCCGAGUCAAGGACCACGACUGCGACGACGACGAGGACGAUUACGACGCCGCCGACGACGACGACAAAGCCGAGAAGAGGAGCCAACGGCACAUCUGGCGGCUGUGCCUCGUCCUCGGCGCCGUGGCUCUGUGCAAUCUCGCGCUCAACGCCGCCGUCCUCAUGGUGCUGCGCGUCAGCCAAGGCAUGGAGGCCAUCGAGCUGAUACGCGAGCGGGAUCUGAUCAAGUUUCACGGCAACACCGACUUGGACAGGGUGUGCCUGCAGCGAGGCGUCUGCGAGGGCUUUGGAGACGAGCCAAUUCAGCUGAUCGGCGACGCGGCCGGAGUCAACGUGCGAGUCGCCAAUAAAUACAGCGCCUCGGCUGCCAGCAGCCGUAGCAGCAGCAGUCUCAACGUGCUCAAGAACGGCACCGCCGGCUUCGCCAACGUGCGCUCCCUCGAGAUCAGGGAGCCCCGAAGCGGCCGCUCGGUCUUCUCCAGCGAGUCGCCGAGCUUCGAGCUGAGCCGCGAGGCGGGCCGCGAGCUCGAGCAGCUGCAGGCCGAGCUCGCGCAGACGCACCGCGUGGCGGCCCCCAAGCGCAGGGACUUGCGCGUGCUCGCCGACAGGUCGCUGCAUCUGCACGGCGCCGAGGGCGCGAGUCUCGACGCCAAGGAGAUGGCUUGGCUGGCGCGCGGCGAUAUCACGCUGAGGAGCCGCGAGGGCGACUUGGUGCUGGAAGCCGGCAACGGCAUCGAGAUUCCGAAUCUGCCCGUGGCGCCGAUCCAUCGUCAUCCGCCGAGCAGCAGCAGCAGCAGCAGCAGCGAGGCUCGCGAUCGGUACAAGGUGUGCGUCUGCAUGCCGGACGGCAAGCUGUUCUUGGUGCCGGCGCGCAACAAGGGAGGCGCGAGGCUCGAUUGCGCCGCGUUCGUUCGAGCCCAGAAGAGCGAUCCGUGUGCCAUGUAAAAAAUAAUAUAUACAUACAUAAAAUGAUUAUUUCGUAUAUACGAUGCAUCGUUGAACUCGCGUUGACCUGCCUGAUAUGUAA